AUGACGUUAGCACUAUGGUCCCGUAAUAGUUCAAACCGAAUUUUAUAUUUAGUAGUGUUUUUCCUAUUUGUUAAAAAUGCACAAGGAAACUAUUUAGAGAAACAAAUUCAAGUGAAAGAUUAUGGAGCAAUGUUUAGUCAAAUUCUAAAAGUAUUAGGCUCAGUAACAGAAGCAGAAGAUUACUCUGACACAAUAUUCUUGAUUGAUGUAGAUGGAAUAAAAGGACAAUUAAACAUGGUAUUUGAUAAAAAUGCUUUUAUAAUAUAUGACAUUACUAACAAGGAUAAAAUACCACCGCAUAACUUUUUGAAUAGUUCAUAUCUAUAUGUAAUAGACAAGCCUAAGCUCAAUGUAUAUCAAAUGUUGCAAAGAUUUUACAAAUGGAGCAAUUAUGAUGUCCAAACGCCUGUCAAUGUAUACGUACAUAAUAUAACUUUAGAAGAAGAACUUGAUUGUUACGAGUGGAUGUCAAAUAUUUUCAAAAAACUUUGGUUGAAAAAUGUGACUCGGAUAUUAAUUAUUUUUUGGUCCAACAUAACACACUCUCUACAAUGGUUUACUUACCACGUAUUCUUAAGACAAAUAUACAAUCAGACAGGGGUUUAUAGUUUAAGCAAAAAUAUAAGCUUGUCAAAUAAUAAUAUGUAUGGGCACUUGCUAGAUAUCUGUUUGUAUGAUUUACCACCAGCGAGCAUCAUGAUGAUGGACAAUGUUGGAAAUUUAGCAAUUUCAGGAACCGAUGGAUAUGCAAUGAAAACAAUUUUAAAAGCAAUCAAUGCGACAUAUCGCAUAACAUUCGAAGAUGGAAAACAGGAAAGUCGUUUGUCUGCAUCAAGAAAUAAUUUAAUAAAUCACAGAUGUGAUGUUUUAUUCACAUCCCAAUAUUUUAUUGACAAUUCAAAACCAGAUUUGCAGUACAUAUACCCACUCCAAGAAGAUUCAUGGUGUAUAAUGGUGCCUAAAGCUGGGAAAAAGAAUGAUGUGAAUAGAUUUAUAAAACCAUUUGGCAAUGGUGUGUGGUUUACAACUGUCGUUUUUAUAGUGUUGAUAGGGUUAGCUUGGUAUUGGUUCUUUAGGUUUUAUGAUAGAGUUCACAGAGCAAAUGAUGAAAUUUCUACUUUAUUAAUUCUAUGCGGACUUUUCCUGAAUUAUUGCAUCCAUAUAAAGUGGCGCGACGUCGGAAAUAGUGCUAGGUUUUUAAUGAUGGCUGUAUCAAUUUAUAGUUUCUUCAUAACGAAUUCUUACCUAGGUUUAUUAUUUGGUAGCUUAAUGACACCAAUUUAUAAUGAAGAUAUGCACACAUUACGCGACGUUAACAAAUCGGGUUUAAGAGUAAUAGUUCACGACGAAGAACUUCAGAAAUGGGUUGAGCAAGGUUUGAACAACACCGAUUUGAGUCGAAUGUUUUUACCAGAAUCAAAUAUGAGCAAAAUUUUAGAAAUGAGGAAUGCUAAUAAUAUAAAUUAUGCAUAUGCAGUGAGAUAUCGAUAUGCAAGUUUUUUAUUAGAACUAGAUGAACAUAUAGAAAAUGGCAGACCUAUUUAUCAUAUAGUCGAAGAAUGUUUUCUUCCCACAUUUGUCAGCUAUGUGGUGACUAUUGAUUUUCCGUUUGCCAGAAGAAUUGAAUAUUAUCAGAGUUUGUUAAAACAAGCUGGAUUGUAUGAGCAUUGGUCUGUAGUUAGUUCAAUCGAUUAUAAUCAAAUGACAGCUUCAGUUUCAGCGAGAAUAGAAGAAGAAGAUCCAUUUGAUUCACUAAGAUUGACGACGACACAUUUAGAAGCAAUUUUUUAUGUUUGGCUGUUAGGCAUUUGUAUUAGUUGUCUUAUAUUUCUUUUAGAACGAACUAGUAUUCGGAAAAGUUGA